GGAAUUCCACAAACGUCCUGGGACAGUGUGGGUGCGCCUUGCUUAUUGAUAUGACAGAGAUGAGGAGCACAUGUAGGCGGAGAGAAGCUGCGACCUUCUCCUUCCCGCCCCGGACAUCCAUUCAUCCACCCGGAUCAACACCGUCUCUCCUGCUGACACUGUUACAACAUGUGAAGGACAGCCAAUGAGGGCCUUGAGCUGUUGGAGCUGUAGUUCGUUUGAGAGACUGACCGGGAGACGAUCAGCAAACAACAGAGGAAGCUCCCAGACUCAACGGCCGAUACGAUGAGCUCCGUCUGCCUCACGCUGCACGCACUGCUGCUGUGCGGGUUCCUCAGAGCGCAGCUGCAGCUGCUACCCGGGUCCUGCAACUUUGAGCUGGGUACCUGUGGCUACACAUCUGAUCCAGAGUACGGCAGCUGGAGCAUGAAUGAAGAAGGGCAUUUGAUUACAGUGGACUCAGCCUUCUUACAUGACCAGGAGCAGGCAGUUCUUGUCAGUCCAGUUCUGGACCAGCAGGACUGGAGCUGUGUGAGGCUGGUGUACCAGAUCACUGGACGGGGUUCCUUGAAGCUCCACCUCAGACCAGACGGUGAUAACUUCGACCACCAACUGUGGAAUGCCAACAAAGCCUCUGACAGCUGGCUCAUUGCUAGUGUGGACCUACCCAACACCACAGUCCCCUACCAGGUUUUGCUGGAAGGUCGACCUGAACACGGCUCAGGGAACAGCGUGGCCAUCUUUGAAAUUCACAUUGUUACUGGUUACUGCAUUGAGUGUAAUUUUGAGGAGCAUCACCUGUGUGGCUACAGUAACAGCUGGAACCCAAAUGUCAACUGGUAUGUUGGGGGAAGUGUGGCUAGAGAGCCUGAGUCUAACCUGCUUGGAAACCACACCAACAAUAACCAGAGAGGCCACUACAUGUAUGUGGACUCUGUGUACGCCAAGCACUUCCAGGAAGUGGCCAAGCUGACCUCACCCAUGACUACGGUGCCCAUGGCCGGCUGCCUGUCCUUCUACUACCACCGAGACCAGGAGAGGGGAAACAUCUUUUCAGUUUUCACCAAAGACCAGCUGGGCCACUUUGAGGAGAUCUGGAGGCCAGAGGUGUAUGUUACCACCGCCUGGACUCUGGUCGGCAUUGACAUAAAGGCCCCACACCCCCUUGAGGUGGUAUUUGAGGUAGCUUUUAACAGUGCCAGAGGUGGAUACGUCGCCAUUGAUGACAUCUCCUUUACCCCUGAAUUCUGCCACACUGACACAGAGCCGACCUUUGACCCCUCUAUAGCCAACUGUGACUUUGAGAAUGGGCUGUGUCUGUACUAUCACGAGAAAGAAGAUAGCAAGGUGUGGAGCAGAGUUUCAGUCAAGCCUAAUGCAUACAGGAUAGGAGACCAUACCAAAGGAACAGGCUGUUACCUCCUGGCAAACACACGUUUCACUUCGAGGCCUGGUUAUGUGGGUCGGCUUCACGGUCCUUUUUUACCGGGGAACCACAAAUACUGCCUGAGGUUCUACUACCUGCUUCAUGGAUUUAGAAAAGUAGACAAUGCUCUAAGUCUUUACAUUUAUGACGAGAACAAUGUGGCCCUUGAGAAGGUGUGGAGCCUGGCUGACACUUCCAGGGCUGUAUGGACUGAGGUGGAGAUCACCUACAUGAAGCCCAUGUUUUCCAAGGUAGUGUUUGUCAGCAUAUGUAAGAACUUCUGGGAAUGUGGCCUGGUAGCCAUUGAUGACAUCACUAUCAGCCUGGGGGACUGUCAAAUCACAGCAGGCUCCCUCCCAGGCCAGUGUAACUUUGAAAAUGGAGUCUGUGGCUACAUCCAGGAUAAGAAAGAAGACAAAGCUGACUGGCUGCGAGUCAGAGGACACACCCCCACCUCCUAUACAGGGCCCAGAGGAGACCACACUACUGGGGUGGGUUACUUCAUGUACAUUGAGGCGUCACUCAUGCAUCCCGGUCACAAAGCUCGGCUACGGACCUCUGUCCUGCGGGGCUCUUUGUCCCCUCAGUGUUUGAUCUUCUACUACCACAUGUAUGGAUCUGGCACCGGCAUACUGAGCGUGCUUUUGCACCACGGCAGCAAAGAGCAUGACACGCUGCUGUGGAGACGGCGUGGUGAGCAGAGCGUCAGCUGGAUGAGGGCAAUGGUGGACUACCACUGUGAUGUUCGACACCAGAUUAUAUUUGAAGCCAUCCGAGGCCCAUCACUACGAAGUGAUAUUGCUAUUGACGACAUCCUUAUUAAAAGAGGACCAUGUGAAGAUCCUGGUGACAUCAUUCCAUACUCAGGCUUCUCAGAGUAUUUCAAUGAGAUUGAGAACUGAGACUGGCAGAGAGUCUUUCUAUAUAAAUGCUUUGUAGUUUUUCAUAGUUGGGCUGGGUUUCUUUCAGAAGUGUAAAUGUGAAUAAUCCACCAAGACAAUUUACAAAGCUGAAGAGCAAUGCUUGUGAUGCAGCUAGCACCUCCACUGGGAGAGAGUUAGAAGAUGACAAAUUUACAGUUUGCUCACGUUCUCAAAAAUCAUGUAUGUAAAUCAUGGUGCAGUGUGGUCUCACUCUGUAUAGAUAUGCCAACACAUAAAUCAAAUGUUUGCCAA